UUCCUGGACAAUCGUAGGGGUUGCUGCCCUCAUCCUGCUCCUGGUAGCCCUGCUGGCUCGUGUCCUCGUCAAAAGAAAACCACCCCGGGACCCGCUGUUCUAUGUUACAGAUUAAGAAGCUGAGAAACGAGGUCACGGUCGCAUCCUGAGACCAGCAUUGACCCCAAAGCCCGUGACCUUUGUGGCCCGAGCCGUUACCGCCUUCAAGCGCUUCCCCUGCCGGGAACUUUGCUGGGCGUUUACUCAUUCAGUGUCUGCUGUAGCCAGGCUGCGUGUCAGACACCCCCCAGGCCCCAGCUCCCUGUAGCAGCGGCACGCGCUUUCCAUAUUCCCCCCGCUUCGCUGAGAUGCAACUGACAGGUAACCUUGUGCGAGUGUGAGACGGAGGCUCGUAUGACGCGAUGCGCGCAUACGCUGGGAGAUGGUGACCACGACCAGGUCGCUUGCCUUCAGUAAGGUCCUUCACCUCCCGUAAUCACCCGUCUCUGGUGCGCGGUGGGAACAUGAAGCAUGCGGCGCGGUGUCGUCGACCACGGUCACCACGCGGCAAAUCAGAUACCGAAACUCACUCGUCUUACACCGGGAAGUUUGUUUGGCCGACAUCUCCCCGUUUCCCCCACUCACCAGCCCCUGGCAACCACCGUUCCAGGCUCUGUUUCUGAGAACUCAGCUUUUCUAGAUUCCGCAUUGUAUGCAGUGUUCGGAUUUACCAGUGUGGUGAACCUCAUCAUAGCACUGGAACAGGACGGAAUCAUUGACGGGUUUGUGACACACUACUUGAGAGAGGGUGAACCGUAUCUGAACACGGCGUACGGGCACAUGAUCUGCUACUGGGAUGGCUCUGCUCAUUAUCUGAUGUAUCUGGUGAUGGUGGCAGCCAUAGCAUGGGAGGAAAGCUAUAGAACCAUUGGCCUCUACUGGGUUGGAUCUAUUAUCAUGAGCAUUGUUGUUUUUGUGCCAGGAAACAUUGUGGGGAAGUAUGGAACACGCAUUUGCCCUGCUUUCUUCUUAAGCAUACCAUACACUUGUCUUCCUGUCUGGGCUGGUUUCAGAAUCUAUAAUCAGCCGUCAGAAAAUUAUAAUUAUCCCUCAAAGGUCGUUCAAGAAGUGCAAGCAAAGGACCUGCUGAGAAGGCCAUUUGAUUUAAUGCUGGUCGUGUGUCUCCUCCUGGCAACUGGAUUCUGUCUGUUCAGAGGCUUGAUUGCUUUGGAUUGCCCGGCUGAGCUCUGCCGAUUUUAUACACAAUUUCAAGAGCCCUAUCUAAAGGAUCCUGCUGCUUAUCCUAAAAUCCAGAUGCUGGCAUACCUGUUCUAUUCUGUCCCUUACUUUGUGAUUGCGCUUUACGGCUUAGUGGUUCCUGGAUGCUCCUGGAUGCCUGACGUGACACUGAUACAUGCUGGAGGUCUAGCCCAGGCUCAGUUUUCUCACAUCGGUGCUUCUCUUCAUGCUAGAACCGCUUAUGUCUACAGAGUCCCUGAAGAAGCGAAAAGCCUCUUUCUAGCAUUAAACAUAGCAUAUGGAGUUCUUCCUCAGCUCUUGGCCUAUCGUUGUAUCUACAAGCCAGAGUUCUUUAUAAAAACAAAGGCAGAUGAAAAAGUUGAAUAAAAGUAUUAUUUCUUCCUCUCUAGAUGACUGACUUUUAUUCCUGGUACUGAUCUUCUGUCCCAUUUUACUCCCUUCCCAUACAGCAAUGCUUAAAAAUAUGUAAAUUCGGGCUCCGCACUGUAUGUGUGAGCUCUCACAUGGUAUUGUGUGGGUAAAUUUUCUUCUCUUGAAGGAUAAGUGAAGUUGAGAAACAGUUUAAAGAAAUCUAUUCAAAAUUAUUUGUGAGUAACUUGACCAUCUAUUUCAAUAUUCUGUCUGCACAUAUUAAAUAUAACUGUAAACAUAUACAAUUUAGCUCCUACAAUAGUGAGCACGAAAAUGAAACUAUUCAGAAGUGAAUAUGGCCUGUGCAUAUUAAGGAAUUUAGAACAGCAGAUACAUUCAGGAGAAAUACUUUUUGCAUAUAAGAUAUAGAUGCAUCAUUAUCAACUUCAAUAUAAAAAGCAAAUUAUCACAUUAUUUUCAAAUGUUAUUUGACAAAUGUUUUCCCAAGGAAAGUAUAUUAUUCACUGCUGUUAUAAACACUGCUUUUCAUAAAAAAUUUUUUGUGAGUCUAAAUGGCUAAGGAGGGAUCGGUGACUUUAUCAGUACCCUUAAUGAAUACCUGUUUUAUUGGUGACUGGAAAUAUUUCUAUUGUAUUUCUGUGUAUAUUCUUAAUAAAUUAUUUUUGGCCUUUUAUGAAAACAAAUCUUAA